AAAAUGGCCGCUAGUGGAUUCAACUAUCUCCAUAAACUGAUUAAGGGCAUUGCGAGUCCAGAUUUUUGUAUGAACGUCCGUGGUUCCAGAUUGUAAAGCUCCAAGUGCAAGUCCCAAAAUUAUUGGGCUUACACAGUUGCUUUCAAUGGUUUUUUUUUUGAAUGUCGACUGUUUUGUAAGCUGAAAUGUACAAGGGACUUCCUACAGAAGAAAUAAAUUCAAGUGUGUAGCUUUUGUGGUCAAUUCCACAGAUUUUAAAGAGCCAGCAAUGUGGAUGUAGACAGGGGUCGGGUAUUAAUAUGCGCAUUCUGUAUACAACCACUGGCUACGUUAUUCUGCGUCAAACUCGAAGGCCAUGGACACGGUGGUAAUCCGAUAUACAUGUAUGAACCAUUUCCUAGGCUACAGUUCAUUUCAAGCAGUGUAUAACUUCCUGCCACUUGAUAUUGUUUUCCUGCACGUUGUUCCCCACACUGCAGUCAACAUGGUUGGUGCUUUCAACCUUAAUCCGGCUACAAUCAAAAGUGCAAUGGACUUCCUCAACAACGCCCUCAACGAGGAAGGGCAGGUGACAAUAGGAGGACGCGCUAUCAAGUACAGUGCCAAGGGUCGUGUCCACAGCAUCGACGAAUUGUGGGUGUAUGACGGGACAGCUUGGGACAUCGCCAGUGGUAUUAAGGUGAAGAAACACCACUUCGAUGAGCCGCAGGAUGCCAUCGAUGCAGCAAUGAAGGAGCUACUUGAUAGGCUUAGGAGCGAAGGACUUUUAAAAGACGAACUCUAACAGGCUAUUCGGCAAUCAACUUUGCAACAUCUAGCCAAUGAGUAGGAAUGCUUCACCCUGCCACAUCGUGAGUUUGGAAACCGGCGAUAAAAACUGAACUCUAUUUCUGCUCUAAUAAGGACAAGGAAUUACAAAUGAGCAAAUGCACUAGUAAGCAGGAGGUCGUGGGUUUGAGUCCCACCCGAGAAAGCUUGUGAAUUUUUCUGCAAGCUCUCGGAUAUACGUCAUGUAAGGUAAAAAACCUGAAUUAAAAAUUCACAUGGGACAACAUUCAUAAUUAAAAUGUCUUCUGAGUGAUGGAGUCUAAGCAGAUCUUAAACAUCGACUCCAGAAUCUAAGGAUCAAAUUGUCUAAACUGUCUUGUUAUUCACAUAUAUGACUGACCAGAAUUUCAAGCGUUAAAUUGUCAUUUAAAUAAAUGUCCUUAAAUUAAAGUUGGCUGUUUCCAACAGGUUCCAUGCAAAGCCCCUAUGGGUCAAAAAGACAAUUAAGUCCUAUCAUUAUGACAGUUCUUCUGGUGUAAUCUCGGUUUUCAAUUUGAAAGCAAUAUUCAUUCCAUGCAACAUGUAUCUACAUGUAUAAAGAAAUAAAUUUGUAUGCACAAUGAAAACACAGACAUAUCAAAAUGCCCUUCGUCAAAACGUUCGAUGGUCUGGUUAUUUCCUGGAUGUCAGGACAUAUGAAUUUGAUCCAGAAACACAAAGUCCACUGAGCACAAACUGUUCCCAAUUCAGUGUUUGAAUCGCCAUGAAACUACGCUUAGAAUGUACAUCAGUCUGGCCUCAUCUCAAGAGGCAUCAAACACAUCUAAAUAAAUGUAAAUGUCCAACAACAGCAUCCUGGGACCAAUUUUUAUAGAGCUGCUUAAGGACAAAAUUUGCUUACGCGCACGAAAACUUUGCUUAAAAAAUCAGGCAACCAGCCAAAACUCCAUGUGAUGUAUAUUGUUUUGGGAUCAUAUUUAC